AUGAAGUCUCCAACCGUCAUCCUCGCGCCGCUCGCGCUCUUCAUCUCCCCUACAAUAGCAUCAAAAGCCUACGGCGGCCUCGACAAUGAAACUAAAACCUUUAAGACCCUUGUCGCAGUCCAUGGUGCCCUAAUGGCCUUCUGCUUCGUCAUCCUCUUUCCCCUCGGCGCCACGCUCAUCCACGUUUUAAAGCGCCAGUCUGUUGUUUGGUUCCAUGGAGUGUGGCAGAUCGUAACUCUGCUCAUCGCACUUAUUGGAUUCGGACUCGGAAUCUACAUGGUUCAUCAUAGUCGAUCGAAUGUGUCUCUCUGGAAAUCUUUCAACGGCCACCCAGUCAUAGGAACAAUUAUCAUCGCACUCCUACUAAUUCAACCUAUCGGAGGAGCCAUUCACCAUUCACUGUACAAAAAGCGCACAAGCAGCACUUGCUCCCCCGAAUAUAAGAUCAUUGCUCCCAGCGCCAAUUUGGGCGACGAAGCCAGCAAAUAG